AUGAAAGCUGCUGGAGUCAGCAGAAGGAACCUCAAUAACUCCAUUUCGGUGAGUUAGUUGCGUCUUGUUGUUUCUCGCCCACUGCGCUGCUACCGUUAAAGCCGUUGUAACCGAUGCUGUUGGAUUUAAGCGUAUUUCCUAAUUACGUGACAUGUUUGCCGACGCUUACGCUAAUAUCUAACAUUUGAAGUAAUUAAAAUUGCGGUGGCGGUUGGUCAACGAACAUUCGUCACGUUCUGAAAGGGUCGAAAAAUAAAAGCCAUAAGAAUUAAACUUCAUUCUAAUCGUUUUAAUAUUGCAAUACAAGACCUUUCAUAUAUGGGCCUUAUUCUCCGAAGCCAUAGAAGAACUGGCUACUGCGAUAAAACAACGAUAUUUUAGUGGAGCGGGCAAAGAGUCAGUUUGACCAAAUAUUUGUUCAAAUGUUAUUGUUUCUGUAUGAAAUAAGUUGACUUUGACGGAAAGAUUAAGUGAUGCGGUCAUUUUUGUCACAAAAGUGAGAGGAGUCCAAAUUAAAAUGUCGCUUUUAGUAUCUCACGACAUAAUGAACCUCGAUCCUUUAAUUGUUUUCUUUGCAACGGAUAGGCAAGGGCAUUUGACAGCAUCCAGCUAGUAGAGGUUUCUGUAUGUAAAUAAGCCAUGUCAUAAGCGAGUGCCAUCCGCAUAUACACUGCUCGAACAGUUUUUUUGCAGUUUAUCCGACUCUGCAUGUCUUCUUAAGCUCUGACUUAAUGACGUCCGACUAACACAUUCACCCCUAGUUUCCCCACUUUACAACAGCCUGAAUAGCAACCAAGUUGUUUUAUUUAUUAUUUGUUAUUAUUUCUUUUGUUUUUAGAUUUUAUAUAUGCAAGUGGUAAAACUAUUGCCGAUACAACACUACAUGGCCAGUCUUGGUCCUAUUAGUGAAGACAUUUGUGAGUAUACUGAGGCCUGCAUGAACUAAGGAGCCUUAAUCUUAGCUCACAUUCAUACGGGCAGAAAUGACAGUUGUCUUUAUCGAGGGUGCAACUUCUUUGACUGUUCUAAUCAAGCUAAUUGCAAAUUCUGACUUUUAAAGGAACAUCUUGCUAUAAAACAUCUACAGCUAGUGUAAGUUCUUUUCAAGUCUCUGAAUACAAAAUUAAAUUGAGAUCAUUAUUUUCGUUAUUGUAAUUUUUGUGUUAUUGGGAUUCACUGAUUCAAAAAAAAAAAAACGAAACUUGUUACAUCCGGAACCACGAUAACGACAACAAAAUAAAGGAGUAGGGAUAUAAUAGUAUAGGGCUUGACCUUCCUUUAUUCCUCGCCUAUCCCUUCAGUGUUCCAUUCUUCCUGCUCUGUCUCGCCGGGAGUAGCAGACUUCAAAAUCAUUUAAAUUGGUCAUGGAAAUCGAUUUUACAACUGCGCUAAUAGCAAGGCCAUUUCAUGCGCAAUCUCUCCUUUCCAGGUAUGGCAAAGAAUACCUUCCCGAAAUGCGUUAUUAUUGACGUUUUUGUUUGUUUGUCUGUUUUUGUUCGUUUUCUUUUUUUUACCACCCAGCUUUGCAGAAAUUUUAUUGUAUCAACUUUCAUCACAGCGCUAGGAAGCGACGACAACCAUCACAAAAAAAACCGUGUUGUUUAUAUCAUGAACCUCCAGAGUCAAAAUCUGAUUAUUUUGCUGGCCUGGCUCGGUUUGCUGAGUUUUCUUCCCGAUACUACAUGCAUGAAGAGAGCGAGUUCGAAGUCGCAACGUGCGCAUGAGCGGUAUGUUGACCGCUGUCCAGUUGCUUGUUUGGUUUGCCUUUCUCGGUUUGGGUGUUGAAUAACUUGCGCAAUUUCCAGCCCUGUUAACUGAUAGCCUGUUGACAACUCACCGACAUUACCAGGAUCCCAGUUAACCGGGACGGCUCGUGUUUUCACUAAGUUGAUAUUUUCUGUUGCGUCGCUAGCUCAGUCUUUGUAUAAUCAUGCACUAACUUAAAACAUAAGUGUGAAAAUUUCCGGUGAAAUUGAAUCAAUCAUAAAUUUUGUUUUGCUCUUUAAGUAAUGUCCUUUGAUAAAUUCAGUUGUUUUACCAGAAAAUAACUGGCGAAUAGAUGGAUCUCAUGCAAACUUUGCAGAGACUGUUAGAAAACUUAAACUGUAACUUUAGAGGUGAGAAAAAAAAAUAGUUUGACAAAUGGACUUAACAAAAUUAGUAAAAUAGUGUAUUACUAAUUAAAUAAAAAAGCUAGGGUUUUAAGCCAAGUGCCACUUCGAGUAUUGCAGAACAUAAGUAAUAAUAUAUGAUCAUAAAGGCGACUCAAGCUCUUUUUUAAUUGAAUCUCUCGCAUUCUUUGCUUCUGAAUUUUUUUUUUUUUUUCGUGUUGGUGUCCUAAUUAAGUAUCAAAAUACGUUAAGGGCAAUUUUCACGCGCUUCUUACGGUUUUAAUUAAUAGUACAGUCUACACCGUAAAAGAACAAUGCUUCAAAGUUAACCUUUUCUUUCUAGUAAUUACGAUCUCGAGAUUUUCGGAAGUAACCGUUAAAACAAUGACAACUUUCCCUGUUUUCCAACCAUCUUAGCUAAUAAUCAGAGCUUCUUAUUUCAAAUUUUCAUAACAUCUGUCACGUUAUAAAGUACUUUCAUCUUUGGGGCAAUGACAGCUCAAUUUCAAAAGCAAACAUGUUUACCUUGAGGAUAGAAUAUAAGGGUUUGAUCGUCAUCCAGUUAUCGUUCCAAGUGGAGCGCAGGUGAUUUUGUAAUCGGCAAGUCAACUACUGAUCGUUCUUGAAAUCAAGCGCAAUGUAUGUUCCUUUCUAUAUAUCCCUCAUAUUUUUCUUUUGGGGAGCAAAACAAGGUAACCGUUAUGUCAUUGUUCUUUCUUUUCCGCACGUUUGGGAUUGUUUUGUUCAUUGCGAUGAUGUUAAACGUAAAUAUGGCGCUUCGCACCAGGAGCAAAUACAAAGGAAGGAAUUAAACGAGUGAUCUUAAAUCUACACUGUAAAGAAAGCUUAUAACCGUUUUCUCUCAUUUACAAGUCUGUCUUAAGAAGAUUCAAAGGAAAAAAAAAAAAGAAAACAAAAACAAAGAAGGCUAAGAGAAAUCAUCACCAUUCCUCAUUUUUUUUCUUAUUUUUUUUUUACUCGCCAACAAACUAAACAAACUAAAUGUACUUAUUGAAUAACAAGCAUUACUUAUGAUUUGUACGCGUACUGUGUUGGCUAGCUAGAAUACUUUACAUCACUCCUUUUUUUAAUAUUGACUUUUUUCUUAGCAUCAUGUAGCCCUCUUUUCUGCGGGAGGAAAGGCAUGACAUCAUCCUCACGCAUCGUGGGAGGAACGAACGCUUUCCCCGGUUCAUGGCCAUGGCAAGCCGAAGUAUUGAAACUUGACAAAGACACGAUGAAAUACUCUCAUCACUGCGGCGGGACCUUGAUUUCAAGCCAAUGGGUGAUGACCGCUGCUCACUGCGUCUUUGAAGUGCCUUUUCCUUGUCGUUACAAAGUAGUAUUAGGUAAAAAGGAACGAUUUAUAUGAUAUGUUAGGGCUGGCGUUUUGAUAUACCUAUAAAACACGCUGAGCUGGUAUUACUCAGUACUGAAAUUACUAAGUAUACAAUUAGGUGCUGUCUCUAAAAUAAGGCAAACCGCUUAUAUAUAUACAAGCACUGCGGAAAUGUGGAAAAAUCUAGGCGCCCAUAUUUUGGAGAUUUCUCUUAAAUUGACAGUGGCCGUUGAGAAAGAGGUGAAUGAGUGAAAUAUUGAAAGAAAAGACAGGUGAAUAAAAAGCACAUACAAUAAUCGAAAAAGAUAAUAAUGAAAAAAAAAAAAUAGCAAAAAAUGGAUGAAAGGAUUGUCAGCCAGGCUAAGGAAUAUUGAACCGAAUAUUCUGCAAAACGUUUUCUGUAAUACAAAGGAAGAAAAAUAAAAUGUAUUAGUUUUUUGGUUAUAAUUAGAGCACAGAAAAGUUUGUAUGUUUAUUAAACUCAGUAAUCAUAGUGAACAAAGAAGUCCGGGCUACAACCAUUGCACAAAACCGUACCCUGUAACUACACUUACUCCAUAGGCCAAUAUGAUCGCUCAGUGAAAGAUGCGUUCGAAAAAGAAUAUGAUGUCAUAAGCAUAAAAAUUCAUGAAGACUACUGGACCAAAGGAUACGGGUACGAUAUUGCACUGUUAAAACUGAAUGUCCCGGCUUUGGUUUUUCCUGGAAAAGUCUGGCAGGCCUGUCUUCCCGAGCAAGGAAAACGUGUACCGAUUGGAAAGGAGUGUCACAUAUCAGGUAAUUUUAUAAGUAUAGAUACCAUUAACUUUUGUUAAGUAUUGUGAUGGCAUUGGUCAUGAUAAUAACGUCAAUGGCAACAACGAUGAUCUCAUAAGUUUCACUAUAAUCACUAUCAUCAUCAUCAUGUUUAUCAUCAACAACAACGACAACAAACUUUAUUAAUAAACAAAUAAUACUACAGAAUAAUUGCCCGCAGCUAGCAAGGCUAUUCGAGGCGAGACAAUGAGUACAAAAUAUGAAAUUAAGACUAAGACUAACUAAUGCAAGUUUACAGUUUACAAAUAAAUGAAAUUAAAAUCGUAAUAUGGAUAAGGACUAGAUAACACGAUAAAGAAAAAAGAAUUAAACAAAACAAAACAAAAAAAACAUUAACCACAAAGGACUGCAAAGGACCGCAAACGAAUAUGCCGAAGAACGUAGGAUCUAUAAAGACCUGAUCAGCAAGAAUAAUAAUGUAGACAUAUUAAAUUCUGCAAGCAGAGUACUGCAAUGCUGAUCGUACUACGUGAAAGUUAACUCUGCAAGACAUCAACACGACACCGAAAGAACUCAAAACAGAGCGGAAUUGUAGCCAUAGACAGCUGUUUCUCUGUUUGUUGGGCCAUACUUACGAGCCCCAAUAAGGGCGAAACAGCUGUCUAUGGCUACAAUCGCGCUCUGUUUUGAUUUCUUUCGGUGUACAUGUCUUGUUGAUGUCUUGCAGAGUCAACUUUCACGUAGUACGAUCAGCAUUGCAGUAUUCUGCAUGCAGAAUUUAAUAUGUCUACAAAAAAAAAAAAGAUUGCAAGGGUAAAAACUAAUAAGAAAAAAUUUAGUUUUCGACAUUUUUGGCAUCAUCAUAAUCAUCCUCAUCAUUAUUUUACUCAGGAAGAAGGCUUAGAUGCUGCUUUUCUGGUUAUUUUUAUUUUUAUUAUUAUUUUUUUUUUUCACCUGGACAGGUUGGGGUAAAACUUCUCUCCCAAACAUUUCCGAUUUUUCCAACAUUCUCCAAGAGGUCAAGAUGCCUAUUGUUGAUUACGCCACAUGCGCAGCUGGAAAUGCCAAACUGACUUACGCCAAAGUGGACGAUGAAAUCGAGGUGUGCAGUGGGCAUGGUGGAAACAACCCGGUAAGUAUUUAUUUUUAUUUAUUUAUUCAUUUAGCUAGUUAGUUAGUUAGCUAUGUAUUUUUUUCCCUUCGUCUGUUCAGUGCUAGCCUGUUCACAGACCCUCCAUUUUCUCGUCAAAGUCGGUCUAGCGCGGGUGAUAAAAUUUAAACCGCAGGGGAUUUCUUGACCUCCAGCGCAAGGGGGGUCGCGCGAGAGCUCACGAUGUUUUCGAAAAGAACGAAUAGAAGAAUAAAACAACGUCUUUGUACAGGCCAGGUCUGUACCGUAUCACUUUCGCGCUAGUAUUAUAUGUCAGAAAAUUAACAAAGCGCCGCAAAGCUUUUUGGAGUGAAUACAACCGCGCGAGUUAUUUUCAUAGAUAUUCCACUAUGAGAGCUUCUAUCGGAUCUGUAAUUUCCUUCUUGUACUUUGUAAACAAAAGCUUGCAAGCUAAAUGUUCAGGGGACAAAAGAAAGGUCUUGAAAAGGUAGGCGUACAUGCAAACUCAUACCCCCACCGUUUUGCAAGAGAGGGGACGGGGGCGGAACUUCUCCUCAUAGGUUUUGAUAUGUUGUAGUGUUUCGAAAAGGUUUUACCUUCAAAGGAAAGCCUUUAAUCAUCUUGACAAGAUGAGGCAUAUUUUAUGGGUGGUAACGCUGCUAGAGGCCUGUGACGUGACCAAUAAUGGUCGCCAUCUUAGCCGUUAUCUUGGAUUUCACCAAGAAUUGGAAAUCAGGUAAAAACGACGAGAAUUGGUAUUACUUAAGUAAGUACUUUGGUUUAUUUUAUUCCCAAGGUUUUCUUUUGUGGUUAAAAGAAGUUGAAACAAACAUUUCACUCAAACAUUGCUUGACCACCUGGUAUUUAUGACGUCAUAACUCGUAACCAUAGUAACUGAUCAUCAGUAAGGUUGCAUCAAAAUGCGCUUUAGCGAUAAACGAACAGCAACUGAAAACGCCAGGUGCUAAUGUUUAAUCGUCUGUGCAAAAAAACUCAGAGGGGGGCGGUGUGGCAUCAAUACCACUUGUGCUUCGGAGGGUUUAUUCAGUUUCUCCCCAGAAAUUAAAAAGAAAUACGUACCACUGAACGAAUAAAAAGCAUCAAUUCGCAAUAGAUACACGGCAUUAACCAUAACUGUCAUAACUGUUUUUUUGGCUUCUCAUUAUUAGCAUUUCAUUACCACUACCAUUGUCAUUAUCAUUAUCAUUAUCACUGGUAUUAGAAUUAUUUCUUUUUUCUUGGAAAUGUAACACAACAAACAGUUAAUUUAUUGUUUCAAAAGAUAAGUGGUUGCCAUGGUGAUAGUGGAGGACCGUUAACCUGCGAGGAGAAUGGUCGGUGGUUCGUGAGAGGUAUAAUCAGUUGGGGAGAUCAUUGGUGUCAAGGCGGUCCAACCUUCUCUGUUUCCGUUCGCGUCAGCCGGUUUGUUGAAUGGAUCCAUGCCAUCAUAUGGUCCUUUUCAAUUCCCAAAGGCAAGUUACCAUGGAAACUAUGCUGAUUAUGAUAUCGGACAAAUACAUUAAGUCAUUAAAGGUUUUUUGUCACGGAGGCAAUUUAUUUACCCAUUUAUCCCUGCAGGGAGAAAACGACAAUCGGCGAAAAAAUUGUUGGGACGUCUUCAACAAAUGGGUUAACUUCGGAGAACAAAUCAAUAAAAAAUGUCAGAGAAGUGCUUUAAGGGAAAGUGUCUCAACUAAUUGGUUUGCUUAUUGUAGUUUAAUCAGCAGGCGGGUUUUGUCAUACGUCAUCGUCAGUGCUUACCGACUUUAUAUCUUUGUAUUUGCCUCACGGAAACUAUUUCAUUGUCCUAUCUCCUCUGCCUUUCAAUUCUCAGUUGAAGACGCCUGCAAAGAUCACUUGCCUCAUUGCUCAAAAUGGACUAAGGAAGGUUUGUGCACAGAUGACUGGGCCAAGAACUAUGUGAACAAAUUCUGUCCUUUGAGUUGCAAGUAAAAGCCAAUGAAAGCAAAGAAUGUUUUAUGGUUUGUAAUAUCGUAUUUUUUUCCUUUACAGUAUUUUAAGACCAGAAUACUACUGGUUCGUCCGCUUCGAGGAAAUAGCGAAUCCUGAAGUUCCAUGCAUGCAGACAGUUGAAAUGCAGUUUUAUUCAGGCAAGGUCGUUCGGUUGGUGACGGGGGCUUUAAGGUGCUGCCUUUGUGAUCAUUUGAUGAAAACCUAGCGUCAGAUUUUAAAAACGAUCACUUAGUUUGAUCGAGUGUCAACGUAUUUAGCCCCAAAGUUACUAGAUAACACAACUUCACUGACGUCUUCUUUUGGAGACGAAACCACUAUUUUACGUGGCCAUCUGAGCCAGGAGAAGGUCCAGCCGUUUGCCGAGAGCAAAGGAAGUGUUUUCAUUUCUCAGUUCGGUUUUAAGACCCUGAGUAUCGAUACUGUCCAUGGAAUCGAACCCACUCAACAGUCAAGCUUUCUAGUAUGAAGUGCGCUAAACCUUCCGCGUUCCAUACCCUCACUUUGGUUCUCAAGAAAGUCAGUAAAACAAAAACAACAAAACAUCACCAGCAAAAAUUAAAGAAGUAAAGCCCCUAAAUUCACAGCUUGUAUUCAUGAGUGCAAUGAACUACUCAAGUAAACAAUUAUUAUCCUGAAAAGUCGGAAACUGUUCAGACGCUAUUUUAAAUCCUUUGGCUAUACAACUGUCAGGUCUAAAACCUUUUAUUCAGAUACCAAACGCCUAAAAUAUGUUUAACCCAUCAGGAAUCAAUAUUACUGUAUUGUCAUUAUUCUCUGUCGUUUUUCAUAAAUUUGCAGGUUACAACGAGAUGAAAGAAAGAUGACCAGAUUUACCAGUGACGAGAAUUAGCUAAUGCAAGAUG